AUGGGGAUAUUCGAGCCGUACAGAGCGAUUGGGUACAUAACGAGUGAAGUGCCCUUCUCUGUUCAGCGGUUGGGCACUGAGACAUUCGUCACGGUCAGCAUAGGAAAGGCUUUCCAGGUUUUUAACUGCUCUAAGCUCACUUUGGUCCUCGUCAGCCCUCAACUUCCUAGCAAGAUUCGUGCUCUCUCCUCUUAUCGGGACUACACUUUCGCUGCGUAUGGGUGCCACAUUGCUGUCUUCAAUCGUGCUCAGCAGGUUGAUACUUGCAUCGGACAUAGCGCCAAAAUUGCUCGAUUGCUGCUAUUUGGAGAGCAUGUCCUAAGUGUUGAUAUCAAUGGGAAUUUGUGUAUAUGGGAUUUUAAAGGUAGCGAACGCAAUCGCGGUCCAAUUGGACACAUCAAGUUGGAUGAUGGUUUCACUCCCUCAUGUAUAAUGCAUCCAGAAACUUAUCUGAAUAAGAUAGUGUUUGGGAGCCAGGAAGGUUCAAUGCAGCUGUGGAACAUCAGUACAAAGAAAAAACUUUAUGACUUUAAGGGGUGGAAGUCAUCAAUUACCAGUUGUGUGUCAUCACCAGCACUAGAUGUUGUUGCUGUGGGUUGUGCUGAUGGGAAGAUUCAUGUACAUAAUAUUCGAUAUGAUGAAGAGUUGGUCACUUUUACUCAUUCUAGCCGAGGUGCAGUGACAGCCUUGUCAUUCAGUACAGAUGGACAGCCACUUUUGGCAUCUGGAGGUUCAUCUGGUGUUAUUAGCGUAUGGAAUCUUGAGAAAAGAAGGCUCCAGUCAGUAAUUGGAGAGGCUCAUGACAGUUCAAUUGUCUCUUUGCAUUUUUUUGCCAAUGAACCUGUGCUAAUGAGUGCAGCAGCAGAUAACUCCAUCAAGAUGUGGAUUUUUGACACAAGUGACGGGGAGCCUCGCCUGCUACGUUUUCGAAGUGGACACAGUGCUCCUCCACUUUGCAUAAGGUUCUAUGCAAAUGGGAGACACAUUCUCUCUGCUGGUCAGGAUCGUGCAUUUCGGCUCUUCUCCGUUAUUCAGGAUCAACAAAGCAGAGAGCUGUCACAGCAUCAUAUAUCAAAACGUGCCAAGAAACUCAAACUAAAGGAAGAGGAGCUGAAGUUGAAGCCUGUUAUUGCAUUUGAUUGUGCUGAAAUUAGGGAGCGUGAUUGGUGCAAUGUUGUUACCUGCCAUAUGGACACAUCGGAGGCGUAUAUAUGGAGGCUUCAGAAUUUCGUUCUUGGCAAGCAUAUCUUGAGACCGUGUGCACAGAAUCCAACACCUGUAAAGGCCUGUGCCAUUAGUGCAUGCGGCAAUUUCGCAGUUCUGGGGACGGCCGGUGGUUGGAUAGAACGAUUUAACCUUCAAUCAGGACAUAGCCGAGGUAGUUACCUUGAUACCUCAGAAAGAAAUGGUGCCCACAAAGGGGAAGUAGUAGGAGUUGCUUGUGAUUCAACAAACACCCUAAUGAUAAGUGCAGGGUAUCAUGGAGACAUAAAGGUUUGGGAUUUUAAACGGCGUGAAUUAAAAUCCCGAUUGGAAGUUGGCUGUUGUCUAGUUAAGGCUAUCUAUCAUCGAUACAACGGUCUUCUGGCUACUGUUGCGGACGAUUUGGUCGUCCGAGUUUUUGAUGUCGUGGCAUUGAGAAUGGUUCGCAAAUUUCAAGGCCACACAGAUCGAAUUACAGACUUGUGUUUCAGUGAAGAUGGGAAAUGGCUUUUGUCGUGUAGUAUGGAUGGCACACUACGAAUAUGGGAUGUCAUCUUAGCAAGACAAAUCGAUGCAGUACAUGUAGACGUGGCCAUCACAGCUUUGUCUUUGUCUCCAAACAUGGAUGUUUUAGCCACUACUCAUGCUGAGCAAAAUGGUGUCUAUCUUUGGGUGAACCAGUCGAUGUUCUCUCGAAGCUCAUCUGUAGAUUCUUACGCUAGUGGAAAGGAGGUUAUGAGUGUGAAAUUGCCAUCUAUCUCUGCGACGGAAGAUUCUCAUGAGGAUGAUCACGGUGGGUCUAAUGCCAACAACCAGUCAGUACCUAGUGAGGCAUCUGGUCUGUCAACUUUCACUCAGGAACAAAUCCCUGGCCUUGUAACGCUCUCAUUGUUGCCUAAGAGCCAAUGGCAGAGCUUGAUCAACCUAGACAUCAUAAAGGUGCGCAAUAAACCAAUCGAACCCCCCAAGAAACCUGAAAAGGCUCCGUUUUUCCUGCCAUCAGUUCCAUCUCUCUCUGGAGACAUUCUGUUCAAACCUAGUGAACCAGCCAAAGACGAUGAUGGUAUGGAUAUUGAUGAAGCCAGAAAGACGAAAAACAAAGGAAAAUAUGAGACACCAUUAAUACCAGUGUCCAAGUUUACCGAGCUUCUACAUUCGUGUGUAGAGGCGAACAACUUUUCAGCAUUCACCAACUACAUGAAAGGGCUCUCCCCAUCGAACCUGGACAUGGAGCUUCGGAUGCUUCAGAUAAUCGAUGACAACGAUGAGGACGAUGGCGAUGAUGAUCAGGAUGAUGUAGAAACGAAGCCUGAGCUCGUCGCAAUACAACUCCUCUUCGAUUAUUUCAUCCAUGAGAUAUCCAGUCGCAACAACUUCGAGUUCAUCCAGGCUCUCAUCAGAUUAUUCCUCAAGAUUCACGGCGAGACUGUUAGGCGGCAGGCGAGCCUACAGGAUAAGGCGAAGAAGCUGCUGGAGAUUCAGGCAGCAGCUUGGCAGAAGAUAGAUAAGAUGUUUCAGAGCACCAGAUGCAUGGUCACUUUCCUCAGCAAUUCACAGUUCUGA